AAUUAAUGUACACAAUCGGAGUGUUCAAAUUUCGUUAAACCAAUUAUAAUACGCUCUCAUCAUGCCCAAAAGAAACGACUUUUUCCGGUACAUGAGAUUUUUUAUGAUGUUUGUCGGAAUAUGGCGCUUAAGUUUUCCUAAUUUUCUUGUGCACAGAAACAUGUACGUUGCUUAUUCCGCAAUUUAUCAAAUGACGUGCGUGUCGUCCGGCUUAUUAAUGGCGUUAAAGGUACCUCUUUUAUUUGAGACAAACGUUCCAGCUGCAAUAGACACCACCGCCAGGACUAUGGUGGUCGUGAUAACCACCGUGAAGCUGGCAAUGUGUCAGUCGCGUGAUGUGUUGGGACUCAUUUCCCAAGCCUUGGAGGAAGACUAUCGAAUUUCCAUCCAAGAGGACCCCAGUGUGAGACGCAUCUACCGCUGGCACUCAACGUACUGCAACAACUUGGUAAAAUUGUUGGUCGGUUCCUUCAUACUGCUCGCAUUUUUCACCGUGGGAACAGUCGAUGCUAAUAUUCUUGCUUCACUCGCUUCCGGUAGACAGCUGAACUACACUACGGAAAAGCUGAUAGCGGUUCACUUUUGGUAUCCGUAUGACGAAAGUCGCCACUAUGCGAUGGCUAUUUUGGAGCAACAUGUGCGUACAAUAUUGUCGUGCCUGACCAUCGGCACCGUCACUGCAUUCAUCAACUUCAUGAUCGUCGCCUUGAUGCUCAGAUUAAAGCUCUUGCAGUAUUAUUUUAAGGAAUUCCAGGCGUAUUCUCCAGAUGGUUUCGUCGCGAGUGCCAGAGUUGGGAUAGACGUUGGUUUGAAGUUAGUUUGCCAGAAACACCAAGAGCUGAUUAAGUCUUUCGAGAAUUUUAACCGUCACAUGAAGCACAUAAUCCUGUUGGAAUACACUCUAACAUCGGUAAUGUUUGCCGGGCAGUUGGUGCAGUUAGUAGCUGGAGAGAGGAUUAUGUUCAACUCUGCCUUUAUCGCCUUGACCAUUUCCCAGCUUAUGAUAUUUGCUUGGAAUUCUAACGAGAUCGUCGUCCAGAGUGCAGCAUUGGCCACAGCUCUAUUGGAAAGUAGCUGGUACGAGCAACCAUUGGAAAUUCAAAAAGAAAUCUCCUUUAUGGUAAUGAGAUGCCAAAAGCCUUUGCGCCUCACAAUCGGUGCUUUUGGAACCAUGGACAUCGGAGCUGCAAUUUCUGUGAGACCUGUGCCACUUCCACAGAUACAAAGUUUUGGAUUGCUGAAUGCAAUAAAACUACCUCAACCGGUGUGCUCUUUGCAAGAGAGAUAACUGUUUUCUCAGCAGUAGCAUUAGCUCAGGGUGACGAUGUUUCUAAAAUCAAUAUUUGAGAAAUCAACAAUAACGCACUAAUAGUUGAAAAUAUAAAAUUAAAAAGCACAUCCAUCUACUUAUUAUCUAUUGAAAUAAUCAUUUUAACUGAUCCAUACUACCAAUAAUAGCAAUUUAAGGCCGCAAGUAGCAUCCCUUAUUAUUGCAGUCAUUGAGCCAAAACCGCUUAUCCGUGAAAGUACUAUACUUACAAGUA